CAGUGACAGUCGGGGUAUCUAUAGCAAACGAGAGUUACAAACACUACUACGGUCCUGUAAUAUAGUGCCAUUUCAAUCACAAUAACUUUCAAAAUGAAAAUUGUUUGGAUUUUCCUAGUCUGUCUAGCAGUGGAUCAAACCCUAAGCUUUCCUACUCGUCAAUUUGAAGAAAAAAAAUUUGAAAAAUACUUGGCUCAUGCUAGAAUCAUUCUAGAUCGGGUCCCUCUUAUCGAUGGGCACAAUGACUUUCCCAACAGCCUUCGAAAGUACGCAAAUAAUCAGAUAGAUGACUUGGAUAUUUACGACUUGACUACCUUGGAACCUUGGGCCAGUUCUCCCUCAUCGCAUACAGACAUCAACAGACUGCGCCAGGGAAAAGUCGGAGCCCAGUUUUGGUCUACCUACAUCCCAUGCGCCACCCAGUACAAGGACGCCAUCCUAAAGACAUUAGAGCAGAUUGACGUCGUUCAUCGAUUGGUGGAAGCCAAUCCCAGUACUUUCGAGUUCGUCACGUCGGCCCAAGGGAUCGAGGACGCUUUUAGCCGGGGGAGAAUUGGCAGUCUCGUAGGACUCGAAGGCGGACACUCGAUUGGCAGUUCCCUGGCCGUUUUGCGAAUGAUGUACGACAUGGGGGUGCGCUACAUGACAAUGACUCAUUUAUGCAAUACUCCUUGGGCUGAUCAUUCGCUAUUGGACGAUCCAGGCAACGUACCCGUUCACGACGGCCUAACUCCGUUUGGCAAGACGGUGGUGGCGGAAAUGAAUCGACUGGGAAUGCUGGUCGAUAUUUCGCACGUUUCACGCAAAACAAUGAGAGACGUACUGGAAACCAGCACAGCUCCCGUCAUUUUCUCGCACUCGUCGGCCUACGCAUUGUGCAAUGACACUCGAAAUGUUCCAGACGAUAUCCUACAGUUGGUAACUCUAAACGGAGGGAUAGUCAUAGUCAACUUUUUUACAAUUUACGUCUCCUGCGGCCAAACUGCAACCGUUCAACAAGUUGCAGAUCACGUCGAACACAUCCGGACUAUCGCCGGAGUAGAUCACGUCGGUCUCGGAUCCGAUUUCAACGGCGCUGAUAAGACACCCGAAGGACUUAAAGAUGUGUCGGAAUAUCCAAACUUGUUCGCCGAGCUACUUGCUCGCGGAUGGACAGAAACCGAUCUGGAAAAAGUUGCCGGAUGGAACUUGCUGCGUGUCCUCAGAGGAGCGGAAGCGGUGCGCGAUCAGAUGGCAGUCGACGGAUUGAAACCGUUCGACAAUUGGAUUCCGCAGACGGACCUGCCCGUCGAGUCCCUUCCGUGUAGCACCGGCGAUUUCAGCAACAACACAUACACCAGCAAUGCGAUGUAGAAUUAAUU